AUGCUCCGGUCCCCGGGAGAGCCCGAGCCGGGCAGAUUUCCUUAUCCGGGGAUCGCAGGCCAUCUCGCUAUUGGCCCGUUCUGUCACAUGGACUCCAACUUUGUUCACUUGACAAAAUUAAUGGCCAUGAGCUCGUUUUUGAUCAACUCCAACUAUGUGGACCCCAAGUUCCCACCCUGUGAAGAGUAUUCCCACAGCGAUUACCUUCCCAAUCACUCGCCGGAAUAUUACAGCAGCCAGAGGCGAGAGAGCACUUUCCAACAUGAAGCGAUGUACCAGCCGCGGUCAGCAUGCAGCGAACAGCUCUACCCGUCCUGUCAGAGCUCCGGGCACCAAGCAGCGGUGUUAUCCCCCCGGGGUCAUGUCCAUCCUCCGGCCGGACUGCAGAGCCAUCUCUCUGAGCCAAACCAUCCCUGCGAGCCGGGAACCCCCAGCCCUCCACCCUCCUGCAGCCAAAACUCUCUGAACCAAAGCCCUUCCAAUUCCUCUUGCAAAGAGCCGGUAGUUUACCCCUGGAUGAAAAAAGUCCAUGUAAGCACGGUAAACCCCAAUUAUUCAGGAGGGGAACCGAAACGCUCACGCACUGCUUACACCAGGCAGCAGGUCUUGGAGUUGGAGAAGGAAUUCCACUAUAACCGCUAUCUCACCCGGAGGCGGAGGGUCGAAAUCGCCCAUUCCUUGUGCCUCUCCGAACGCCAGAUCAAAAUCUGGUUCCAGAACAGGAGGAUGAAAUGGAAGAAAGACCACAAGUUACCCAACACCAAGAUCAGGUCAAACCCUUCCAACUCCUCCGCCAGCCUCCAGAUCCAACCGGCAGCUUCUCAAAGCCGAUCCAGCGGACCAGCCAGCAGCCUAUAACUAUUCCCUGUAUGGACGGGUUGUGUGUGUGCUCGUGGGUGUCAUUGUGUGCGUGUGUGUGUGUAGGGAACACGGGAGAAUCGUGGUGUUUUUGGUUGUGGUUUUUUGUUUUUGAACGCUCCGAAAAGUGAAGGAAUGAGGGUUUUUUGUUUUUUAUUUAUAAGGGGGAACAGAGAGAAGCUCAGCUCCAACAAAGCAGAGCCGUGCUGCUGUGCCCCUCUUCCAUUAGAAGAAGGCUGUAGAUAGUAGUUUUCAGAUUUGGCUAAGAUGGAUCCUUGUUUCAUCUUUAAUCACGCCAAGCUCUGCCCCAUUUGUCAUGUUUACUCUCCCGUACAAAGGAUGGACCUUAUGUCUGCUAUUACCUCGACAACCAGCGUUCACUUUAAUAAAUGAGGCUCAGUUUCUUCAA